GGAAGUGGCGGCGGCGGCGGCGGCGGUCGGGGGCGGCGGGUGCUGGGUCCGCGCGGGCGGCAGGCAACGGCUGAGGCGGCGGCGUGGGCUGGGCUCGAGCGCGCGGCGGCACCUCAGACUCCGGGAGCGGGAGCCCACGCGCGCGGGCGCCUGAAACAAAGGGCUCCGCGGGUAGCGGUCAGUCGGUCAACGCGGAGCCGGCCAGCGGGUGCCCGCGCUAGCCCGGAGCCCGACCGGCCGACGCGGUCUCAGGGCGGGAAGAUGCCGCGCGUCGUGCCCGACCAGAGAAGCAAGUUCGAGAACGAGGAGUUCUUCAGGAAGCUGAGCCGCGAAUGCGAGAUUAAGUACACGGGCUUCAGGGACCGGCCCCACGAGGAGCGCCAGGCGCGCUUCCAGAACGCCUGCCGCGACGGCCGCUCGGAAAUCGCUUUUGUGGCCACAGGAACCAAUCUGUCUCUCCAGUUUUUUCCGGCCAGCUGGCAGGGAGAACAGCGACAAACACCUAGCCGGGAAUAUGUCGACUUAGAAAGAGAAGCAGGCAAGGUCUAUUUGAAGGCUCCAAUGAUUCUGAAUGGAGUCUGUGUUAUCUGGAAAGGUUGGAUUGAUCUCCAGAGACUGGAUGGUAUGGGCUGCCUGGAAUUUGAUGAGGAGCGAGCCCAGCAGGAGGAUGCGUUAGCACGACACGCCUCUGAAGAGGCUCGGAGAAGGACACGUGAAUUUGAAGAUAGAGACAGGUCCCAUCGGGAGGAAAUGGAGGUGAGAGUUUCACAGCUGCUGGCAGUAUCUGGCAAGAAGACAACAAGACCCUAGUCCUGGUUCCAAUUUAGGUGGUGAUGACUUCAAACUUCGUUAAUUAGUAGCACAGCAGAUGUGCCCCCCAAAUCUUUCCAUGUACAUUGUUUCUAGUCGACAAAAAUAAUUGAUUAAAAGACCAGAAACUGUGAUAACUGGAGGUACUACAUACAGCCUAUCUCUCAACCUUAGGCAGUAACAAGACACCACAAACUGCCAUGGUUUUGCACUAUGAUUAUAAUACCUGAAUUUCUAAUUUUGUAUGCAUGUAGCCAGUAAUGAUUUUACAUUUUUUCUAUGCAAACUUACCUUGUUGGCAUUAUUUUAGUGAGUUGAAACUAUCUACUUGUAAAGCUCUUAUUUGUCCUCCAUUUUAAUUUAAAAGUUCAUGUCAUUUAAAAACAGGUCAAGAAAUUGAAAUUUUUAUCAGAGGGUUUAUUCCUAAUCAGUUACUCUAAUUUUUCUUUCUUUUUUUUUCUUUCUUUUUUUUGUGUGUGUGUGAUUUUAGAUGCGUUGUUAUACAGCUGCAUUUUAGCUAGGCAUUCUUUUUGUUGUUGUUUUGUUUCCCCCAUUUUCUUUUGUGUUUUUAUUGUCUAUGGCAUUUUAAAACUGCUGAUGUGUUUGCAUUAUUUACAAGCUAAAACCCUAGUAGCAUAGAGCUGUCUGCCACAGCCUUCUAACAAAGUUUACAGUUAAAGUUGCAGUAUCCUUUUAAAUGUUGAUAAUCAGCUCCUUUUCUUUCCUUCUUAAAUAUAAAAUUUUUUAAUUGGCAUUGACUCUAAUCUUCCCCAGAUCUAUUUUAGAUUCUGUUCUAUAAUCAUGAGUUUGUGUGGAGAUAUUCUCCUUAAAUUAUAAUAUUCUACUGAAAUGCCUAAAGAAGUCGCAGGCUGGCUUCUGUUUUAUUCAGGGAUUUUCUUUUUUUUAAGUCAAUCAGAAAAGGGAUACUGGAGCUUCUUCAUGUAUGUAACAGCAUAUUAAACUGGAGACAGUGAUGAAUCAGCUACAAAGGUAAUAUUGUAUUAAAAUCAUGUUUAAGAUAGCUGCUUUUAUGUGUAUUUUAUAAUGCAUGCUUUUGUAAAAACAAUGCUGGGUGAUAAAAGAUUAGUCUUAGAGAGAAAAUGUUCAUCUGUGCAGAGGAUUCAUUUUCUUCCAUUAAUUAUUAUGGGGGGGAAAUUCACAGGUUAUAUAUAUGGUAUUUUCCAAAAGGACUAUUAGUAGAACCUUUUGAGAUGAAUUAGUAUGGGAAUAUUUUUUAAAUAAGCUCACUGUCAAAAGUGAAUGCAACUUGUUUUUUUUGUUUUGUUUUGUUUUUAAUACAAGACUGGAAAAAAGUGCUAAGUCAUUUGGCACCUCCUUACAAAUAUUUUUCAUGGUCACAUUCAUUAAAUGAUAGUACAUUUCUGAAUUUUUUGCAAAAAUGUAUUUUAUCAUAAUAGAAUGGCAUUAUUUUAAAGAAUUUGAAAAACUGACAUGGUCAGUUCAGAAAAUGAACUGAAUUCUGAAUAAGGUCAUUGCAUUUAAAACAUAUAUAUACUAGUAUAUAUAUAUACAUAUAUAUACUUGAUUGAUGAGGGAGGUAUGACUUUCAUUGUACAUAGGUCUUAUAAUUCAUAAACAUAUCCAGUAUCUCAGAAUAAAAAUGUUUGUUAUAUAUUUGAAGUCAUGCAUGGUAAAGGAGUGUGUUUAAAUUGUUAUAAACAAUAAUACAUCAUAAAAGACCAUGCUAAUCUUGUGUAAUUAAGUACUAUGAAUGAAUUUGGUUGUUAUUUGGUGUUGUACAGCUCACAUGUUUACACACUCAGUGCCCUAAUUUCCCCUGAGGGAAUCGCCUUUUAAGUGGUCCUUACAGUGGUGUUUUAAGGUUACUUUAUCACAAAGCUCCUUGGUUUUUGACUUCUGCACUUAAAAUUUUUUUUAAUAAC